AUGGAAAUGGAGAUGAAAAUGAAAGGUUCCUGCUCGAUUUUUGAUAUGUCUAGGGUUCGUGAAGGACUACUCGCUGUGGAUCGAAUAGCUAGACGAUUUCCAAAGAAUUCUAUACAGUCUACGCUUCGAAGUUUUCAUGUUAAGGUUGCAACGUUUGUGGCGUGUGCGGUGGAUAGGGCUCUGAUAUUCAUAAUUUUAGGGGAUUUGGAAUGGUUGUUCUCUUGGAGAUAG